AACCGCGGCACACCUUUGUCAGGACUUGUUUUGAAGCAAAGCGCUGAAGGAAACAAGAGGGAGAGAAGAAGCGAACAUUUUUGAAAGAUCACUCAGCUUUAACACACCUUGGCUGGGUCUGGAUAAAAAAAAAAAAGUGGCACUGCAAACUUCUAGAAGAAAGGCAUCAGAGGAAGGAAGAGAGGGGGUGUCCGCUCACAACUGCCUCCAGUUCCUCCAGACUUGAAGCCAGGUGGCUAUGGGAUGGAUGUGACCAAGAAAAACAAGCGAGAUGGCACUGAAAUCACUGAAAGAAUUGUCACAGAAACAGUAACUACCAGACUCACAUCCUUACCACCAAAAGGGAGCACCAGCAAUGGAUACGCUAGAACAGGCUCUCUCGGUGGAGGGAGUCGGCUGGAGAAGCAAAGCCUGACUCAUGGUAGCAGCGGCUACAUCAACUCAAGUGGGAGCAUCCGAGGCAGCGCGUCCACCUCCAGUUACCGGAGAGCCCACUCGCCGGCCUCUACCCUGCCCAACUCUCCAGGCUCCACUUUUGAAAGGAAAACGCACGUGACCCGCCAUGGAACUUACGAAGGGAGCUCUAGCGGCAACUCCUCCCCUGAGUACCCGAGAAAGGAACUCGCAUCUUCUGCAACCAGAGGACGAAGCCAAACACGGGAGAGUGAAAUUCGAGUUCGGCUGCAGAGUGCAUCACCGUCCACCAGAUGGACAGAAUUGGAUGAAGUCAAGCGUUUGCUUAAGGGAAGCCGAUCUGCAAGUGCCAGUCCCACCAGGAACACCUCCAACACACUCCCCAUCCCCAAGAAAGGCACCGUAGAGACCAAAAUGGUGACCGCAAGCUCCCACUCAGUGUCAGGGACCUACGACGCGACAAUGCUGGACACCAACCUUCCCCAGCAUAUGUGGUCCUCCACCUUGCCUGCAGGGUCCUCCAUGGGGACCUAUCACAACAACAUGACAACCCAGAGCUCAUCUCUGCUCAACACCAACGCCUACUCGGCAGGAUCAGUCUUUGGAGUGCCAAAUAACAUGGCGUCCUGCUCGCCUACGCUGCAUCCGGGGCUCAGCAGCUGCUCUUCAGUGUUUGGCAUGCAGAACAAUCUGGCCCCCAGCUCUUCUGGCCUUUCCCAUGGCACAACCACCUCUUCCACAGCAUAUGGUGUGAAGAAAAAUGUGUCCCAGCCGCCCACUGUCACCAGCACUGGUGUGUCCACCUCUGCUGCCUGCACCACCAGCGUCCAGAGUGACGACCUCUUGCAUAAAGACUGCAAGUUCCUGAUUCUGGAGAAAGACAACGUACCAGCCAAGAAGGAGAUGGAGCUCUUGAUCAUGACCAAGGACAGUGGGAAGGUCUUCACCGCCUCCCCCGCCAGCAUCUCUUCAACUUCUUUUUCAGAAGACACCCUGAAGAAAGAGAAGCAGGCAGCGUAUGCUGCGGACACCUGCCUAAAGGCAGACGUGAACGGAGACCUAACUACCGUGUCCACGAAGGGCAAGGCCAUCUCCGCAGAAAACCACAGCUAUGACCAAGGUGGUGGCGGUGGUGGAGGCAAAGGCGGCGUGGGUGCUGGCAGCGGCAGCGGCGCUGGUGUCAGGGGCGGAGCGUGGGGAGCCGCACCUGCCUGGUGCCCCUGCGGGUCCUGCUGCAGCUGGUGGAAGUGGCUGCUGGGCCUGCUGCUCACCUGGCUGCUGCUGUUGGGUCUGCUCUUCGGCCUCAUUGCUCUAGCGGAGGAGGUGAGGAAGCUGAAGGCCCGGGUGGAUGAGCUAGAAAAGACCAGGGUGCUGUACCAUGAAGACAAGACGGAGAGAAGCAGCAAGGACCGCCUCCACGGUGAUGCACCCAGCCUGGGACCUGGCCUAGGCAUAGGGCCUGGCUUAGGAAAAGCUGGGCUGGAUGACUACAGCCAGGAGGCCAUCUGGCUGUUCGUAAGGAACAAGCUGAUGACAGAGCAGGAAAACGGAAAUCUCAGAGGAAACCCUGGUCCAAAAGGUGACAUGGGAAGUCAAGGCCCUAAAGGAGACCGAGGCCUUCCUGGGACUCCAGGUAUCCCCGGGCCCCUGGGCCACCCUGGCCCAGAAGGACCAAAGGGACAAAAAGGCAGCAUUGGAGAUCCUGGCAUGGAAGGACCCAUAGGCCAGAGAGGACUAGCAGGCCCCAUGGGCCCUCGUGGCGAACCUGGGCCUCCCGGGUCUGGAGAGAAAGGAGACAGAGGGAUUGCUGGAGAACAAGGUCCUCGGGGCCUUCCUGGUGUCCCAGGUUCUGUGGGUCCCAGAGGUCCCAGUGGCUCUCCUGGUCCCCAGGGCCCCUCAGGCUCUAUGGGUCCCCAAGGGCCCCGAGGUGAAGUGGGACUUCCUGGUGUCAAAGGUGACAAAGGACUCAUGGGAUCACCAGGACCCAAAGGUGACCAGGGUGAGAAAGGACCCAGAGGCCUCACAGGGGAGCCUGGCAUUCGAGGUUUGCCUGGAGCUGUGGGCGAACCUGGAGCCAAAGGCGCGAUGGGUCCCGCUGGCCCUGAUGGACAGCAAGGCCCCAGAGGUGAGCAAGGCCUGACAGGAAUGCCUGGAACCAGGGGCCCACCAGGACCCUCUGGAGACCCAGGAAAGCCAGGUCUCACAGGACCCCAAGGACCUCAGGGACUUCCUGGUAGCCCUGGCCGACCAGGGCCUAAAGGUGAACCUGGCGCUCCAGGCAGAGUUGUCACUUCAGAGGGAUCAUCAGCAAUCACUGUCCCCGGACCUCCCGGACCUCCCGGUGCCAUGGGACCACCAGGACCUCCAGGGACCCCAGGUCCUGCUGGCCCUGCUGGUCUCCCAGGACAGCCAGGCCCACGAGGCGAACCAGGAAUUGCUGGUGACUCAUUCAUAAACAGCGGCAGCUCCAUCUCCGAGGUCCUGUCUGCCCAAGGUGUUGAUUUACGAGGUCCCCCUGGCCCACCUGGACCACGAGGGCCGCCAGGGCCUUCCAUCCCAGGCCCUCCAGGACCCAGAGGCCCACCAGGGGAAGGUGUGCCAGGCCCACCAGGCCCUCCAGGACCUUUCCUGACUGACUCAGAAACCUUCUUCUCUGGCCCUCCAGGCCCCCCGGGCCCUCCAGGUCCCAAGGGAGACCAAGGUGAUCCUGGUGUCCCAGGUACUCCUGGCAUCCCUGGUGGACACUCGCUCGGGGGAUCGUCCAGCACUAUGUACAUGCAGGGCCCCCCUGGGCCCCCAGGGCCCCCCGGGCCUCCAGGCUCCCUCAGCAGCUCUAGCCAGGAUAUCCAGCGCUACGUUGCAGAGUACAUGCAGAGUGACAACAUCAGGACUUAUCUCUCUGGAGUUCAGGGUCCCCCAGGCCCACCAGGUCCCCCAGGGCCUGUCAUCACCAUCACAGGAGAGACUUUCGACUACUCCCAGCUGGCAAGCCAGGUGGUGAGCUACUUGCGGGCAUCGGGCUACGGUGUCACUUUGUCCUCUGCCUCCUCCUCGGAAGAUAUCCUGGCCAUGCUGCGACGGAAUGAUGUGUGGCAGUACCUACGUCAGCACCUGGUGGGCCCUCCUGGUCCCCCAGGGCCUCCAGGAGGCAGCGGAGACGGGGCCCUCCUGUCUUUGGACUACGGAGAGCUGAGCAGACAGGUUCUCAACUAUAUGUCAAGUUCUGGGAUCAGCUUUGGACAUCCUGGCCCACCGGGACCCCCUGGCCUGCCAGGAACAUCCUACGAGGAGCUACUCAGCAUGCUCCGAGGGUCGGACUACAGAGACAUCAUUGGACCUCCAGGGCCCCCAGGGCCACCCGGGAUGCCAGGCAGUGCAUGGUCCAGCAUCAGUGUGGAGGACCUCUCAUCUUACUUACACAAUGCUGGCUUGUCCUCCAUGCUAGGCCCUCCAGGCCCUCCAGGGCCCCCGGGUCCUCGGGGGCCCCCAGGUGUCUCAGCAGCUCUGGCUACCUACGCAGCUGAAAACAGUGACAACUUCCGCAGCGAGCUGAUUAGCUACCUCACAAGUCCUGAUGUCCGCAGCUUCAUCGUCGGCCCUCCAGGCCCUCCGGGGCCACAGGGACCACCUGGAGAUAGUCACCUGAGGGAGAGCUACAACUGGGGUAGCAGCUCCUCAGCCAGACGGGGCACUUCCUACGGCUCUUCCACAGGCGUAGGGGGGGCCAAUGGAGGCUCCCUGGGUGAAGGGGGAACCUUUGGCGCAGGAGAUGGGGGACCCUAUGGUACUGACAUUGGCCCAGGCAGAGGCUACGGGGCAGCUGCAGAAGGUGGCAUGUAUGGCCCCGAUGGCGGGUCAUUCCGGGCUGGCUUCACUGGAGACCUGGAUUACAACAAGCUGGCCGUGCGGGUGUCAGAGAGCAUGCAGCGUCAAGGUCUGCUACAAGGGAUGGCCUACACUGUCCAGGGUCCACCAGGCGCACCUGGGCCCCAAGGCCCUCCUGGCAUCAGCAAGGUCUUCUCUGCCUACAGCAACGUGACACAGGACCUCAUGGACUUCUUCCGGACUUACGGAGCGAUCCCAGGCCCACCUGGGCAGAAGGGAGAGGCGGGAACCCAGGGACCCAAAGGUGACAGGGGCCCUGCUGGACCACGAGGUCCUCCUGGGCCACCCGGCCCUCGAGGGAGCAAAGGAGAGAAAGGAGACAGAGGUGACCAAGUCUACAUGGGGAGGAGGAAGAGAAGUAUUGCCACCAAGCCAUAAACUGCACUUGGCAGAGGCACCAGGUUCUUGGACCAGUUCUUGCUGUGCGCUUGGGUACCCAUGUCCAAGGGUCCCCAGCAGGUCAAAACUGGAAUUGGCCCACAUCCUGCUGAGACCAAGUCACCUAGCAACACUUGUUUUAGUCUGAACAAAAUAUACACAUACAGAAAAUUCAAGGACACAUAAUCUGAAACAGCUCCAUUGGUUGGGUGGACCUUCGGAAUAGCUACAAUGUUUACUAUGAGACUUAACCUCUGCUAUGUAGAUCUGAGCUCCCUGGCUUCUUCAGCACUUAGCUCAGCCUCGACCUCAGAAGCCAGCCAGUUACAUACAUGUUGGCUGAGGGGUCUUGGAGCUUUGCCUAAAAAAUGAGCCCAGAACAAUGGAAAAUGGGAAUGAGGGCCUCUGUGGGGGUGACGUGAUGGGAGACAUCUGGCUAGUUACAAAGGCUAUGCUGUCAGGCUCUUCCUCCCCUGUUCACCCCACAUUCUCCAGUCACAGAAAAGAAGUGACACUCUCAAGUGAGGAACUCAGAAGUUCCUGGAAGGAGGUGACACUGCAGAUAGUUAUCACAGUAGAGAUGCCAGUCACCUUCCCACUGGCUUACAAAGCCUGACUGGUCGUAGCUGUGGCCUGUGCCCACAGGUGCAUGCCACCACACUAGACCACAGCAGACAGGACAGAGGGGCAGUGGCAAGGAAGGAAGAGAGGAUCUGAGGAAACAGGGCUUCCACACCUCCGGCUCUGCACGUAGGAAAUGGCACAGAAGACUGGGUGCAGUUUGUUCUUAAGCACUUUUCACUGUCUACAAACAUUUGUAUGUAAUCUGUAAGAUGAAAAAUCAU